UCGGAGUGUCAAAUGCAAGGUAUUUUUCUGAGGUUAGAAAAUUGGUGUUAUUAUUUUUGCUUGUUUGAGUCUUUCAGUAUUGGGCCUGAAACUAUCAGUAAUAGUGGGAAUCUUUUCUGAAAAUGACAACACUACGACCCUUUACGUGCGACGAUAUGUAUCGGUUUAAUAAUGUAAACCUGGAUCCUCUGACUGAAACCUACGGGUUGUCUUUUUACAUGCAGUAUUUAGCUCACUGGCCUGAAUACUUUCAAGUUGCGGAGUCCCCGAGUGGGGAAAUAAUGGGAUAUAUUAUGGGGAAGGCAGAGGGAGUAGGAGACAAUUGGCAUGGACAUGUUACAGCUUUAACUGUUUCCCCGGAUUAUAGACGACUUGGCCUGGCAGCAAAUCUCAUGAAUUAUUUGGAAGAAGUAUCUGAAAAGAAACGUGCUUAUUUUGUGGAUCUUUUUGUGAGGGUGAGCAAUCAAGUUGCGAUCAAAAUGUAUACGAAUCUUGGAUAUAUCGUAUAUCGCACUGUUUUGGAAUAUUAUUCAGGCGAUCCAGAUGAGGAUGCUUAUGAUAUGAGGAAGGCAUUAUCUCGAGACGUAAACCAAAAAUCUGUGAUACCACUUGAUCACCCCGUUCGACCUGAAGAAGUGGAUUGAUGAAGAUAUUUAGUAAAGCAAAAAAUAUCAGUUAAUGUAAAAUAAAUACUUAACGUAAAAAGACGCUCAAUAAAAUUGCUUUUUAACUAA